ACAUGUGUGUAAUCGUUCGAUAAAGCCAGCUCAGAGCGGGGUUUCCUAUUGCAGUCAGCUUUUCAGUUUGAGUCCAUUGUGUGGCUAGAUGGGAAGAGAGAAGGAGAAUGCGCACUAUUUGCCGACGCGCACUAACACUGUCCUAGAGUGCUCCACGAUCAGGGCCAUCUUUGGUCGUCCUCGCCGGUGACAGUGUGGACAGUAUAUUCCAUUGGUCAUUAAUGCCUUAUGAUUAAUAAAUUAUAUUUAACUUUGAACGAGCCGUUUUAAAGCACUUGGGCAGAGAAAGGGAGCCUAAUCCCCGGUUUUGUGGACUCACUGGCAUUCUUUCCUUCAAUACCCUUCAUUUCUCAAAGCAAAAAGAGGGCGAGACGGGAGAGGCGGUGAUACAACAUGGAUGAGGAAUAUGAUGUGAUCGUUUUGGGCACCGGACUCACAGAAUGCAUUCUGUCCGGGAUCAUGUCUGUGAACGGGAAAAAGGUUCUGCACAUGGACAGGAACCCCUACUAUGGCGGCGAGAGCUCUUCCAUCACCCCUCUGGAGGAGCUGUACAAGCGCUUCAAUCUUCCAGAUAGCCCGCCUGAGUCAAUGGGCAGAGGAAGGGACUGGAACGUUGACCUCAUCCCCAAGUUCCUCAUGGCCAACGGCCAGCUUGUGAAGAUGCUGCUAUACACAGAAGUGACACGGUACCUGGACUUUAAAGUAGUGGAGGGAAGCUUUGUCUACAAAGGAGGAAAGAUCUACAAGGUGCCGUCGACCGAGACUGAGGCGCUAGCUUCAAAUCUGAUGGGAAUGUUUGAGAAGCGAAGGUUUCGGAAGUUCUUAGUCUUUGUGGCCAACUUUGAUGAGAAUGACCCCAAGACCUUUGAGGGCGUGGACCCCAAAACCACAACAAUGAGGGAUGUUUACAAGAAGUUUGACCUCGGCCAGGAUGUCAUUGACUUCACUGGCCACGCCCUGGCCCUCUACAGGACAGAUGACUAUCUUGAUGUUCCCUGUUUGGAGACGGUCAAUCGUAUCAAGCUGUACAGUGAAUCGCUGGCACGGUAUGGGAAGAGCCCCUACCUCUACCCCCUGUAUGGUCUGGGAGAGCUGCCGCAGGGAUUUGCCAGAUUGAGUGCAAUCUAUGGAGGGACCUACAUGCUGAACAAACCAGUGGAUGAGAUAGUGAUGGAAGGUGGCCAUGUGAUUGGAGUGAAAUCUGAGGGCGAGGUGGCUCGUUGUAAGCAGCUCAUCUGUGACCCCAGCUACAUCCCGGACCGCGUCCGCAAGGCGGGUCAGGUGAUCCGUGUGAUCUGCGUCCUUAGCCACCCCAUCAAAAACACUAAUGACGCCAACUCCUGCCAGAUCAUCAUUCCUCAGAAUCAGGUUAACCGCAACUCAGACAUCUACGUGUGCAUGAUCUCCUAUGCUCACAACGUGGCAGCCCAGGGGAAGUACAUCGCCAUCGUCAGCACCACAGUGGAAACCAGCGAGCCCGAGGCUGAGAUAGAGCCGGCCCUGGAGCUGCUGGAGCCCAUCGACCAAAAGUUUGUGGCUAUUAGUGACCUUUAUGAGCCCACAGAUGAUGGAACUGAGAGCCAGGUCUUCGCCUCAAGGUCCUAUGAUGCCACCACUCACUUCGAGACCACUUGCAACGACAUCAAGGACAUCUACAAACGCAUGACCGGGAGCGACUUUGACUUUGAGAACAUGAAGCGCAAACAGAACGAUGUGUUUGGGGAGGAUGAGCAGUGAGUUGUAGAGGGGGCUUCUGAGAGAGGGCGGGGCCGGGAGAGGAGGCUGGGCGAAAAGGGGCAAAAGAGCCGGCAGUGCCUGCGGUAGAGGGCCAGGGCUGCCUGAGCAGUGCUUUAAAAACAAAUGGGUGGAGGGGGUGGAAAUGAAGUGUAAGCAUGGCAGAGAGGGUGUGCUUCUGGGCUCUGCCUGCCCUCUGCCGUUUGCCUCCUUUCCUUACGUCCCUCUCUCUCUUGUCACAUGUUCAAACACAUAAAUGCUCACAAACACACACAUACACACUGUUCAAAUACUCACACUCCUCUCUCUGUCACCGAAAAGCAGGGUUGAUAUGGUCUUUCAUUCCAUUGUAGAAUUUACAGUAUAAUCAUGUCUUAACUAUUAUCAUUAGAGGUGAAUUUAUUACUUGUUGCCGAUUUUCAAAGCAUUUCAUUCUUUCUGUAACGUCUUUCUCUUCAUAUCAGAGGUUGGGUGGAUGGAAGAUUGAUGGCUUUGAGAGGUCUGAACUGCGAGCUCUGACAUGAGAGAUCUGUAAUGGCUUAGUGUAGAAUCCUCUGGAAGGGUCACCUCCAGUUGACAUGCAUGCAUCUUUUACACACAGUAGUAUUGUACAUAGAUUCAAAAGACACUGCGGUAUGAAGGCUGGACCAUUCCACGCAUCGCUCCUGUCAACCCUGCUUUCACUUUUCUCUUACUUGGUCUUUUACCUGUGUUACUUCAAAAGACGUCGCUCCUUUUGGCAAAAUCUGUUGGUCAGACAAAAAUGUGAUGAAAAAUUACAUAUAAAUGGGCUGUUCUGUCAACUGAUCGUGCUCACUUUGCAAUGCUGUUGUGUUUCCUGUGCGAGCAGGCAAGCUAACCAGUGGCUAUUAACUGUCACCCACCCCCCCCAAAAAACUGUUCAUUUGUUUAUCUCUGUUGUGUGAUGUCAAUUUUGAAUUUGAAUAGUUUACUUUCUAACAUUUUAAAUUAUUGAAGAGUUUUAUUUCUAUAUAUUUGGUGCACAUUUCACUGGCUGAAGUUAUGAAGUUUACAGAUCUGAGGUUGAAACUGUGGUCCUCAAGUUGAACAUUAAAAAAAGGAAUGUCUGGAGCAAAAGAGGCAUGGAGAGGCUUUUCUAGUGUUAGGUGAGGCUUUCUACGAAGUAUUCUGGAAGAUCUGGAAUGAGUGAUGAUGAAAACAAACUGAUUAUGGCAAAUUAUACUUGUUGAGAUGCGAGGAAGUGUGCCAUGGGGAAAAGAAUGUAUGUGGGGAAUGUUUUGGAUUUGCCGUUUGGAAAGUUUCACUUUUGAGUGAAGAGGGUGAAGACUGAAAUUUCAGCUCAUAGUGAAAGCGCCAGAUUGUGUCUUGGUUGUUUCAACCCUUGUGUAUGUCAUUUAGAUGAGUCAUUCCUCUAGGGACUAAAUCCUAUGGAAAAUUGUUGUAGGGAAAAGCUGGAUACUUAUUUACAUAACUUUUAAAGACUUGUAGCAUAGCAAAGGUAUGAAGCCACAGUUACAGGUACCACCCCACAAGAAUAAACCAAGAUGCUAUUAUUUGGUUGUAGCCUUAAUUUGGGGUCUUAAUCGAAAGUUUGGACCCUUUCAAAAAUUGACUGCUUUGUUUUAACUAACCGUUAGUGACAGGUCAGUCUUGUGCCAAAAAUGGUGUUGCUGUUAUUGGCAAAAGUUGCUGACAAUGUUAAAAGUACAGUUUGUUGCUCUGCAGAUCUGACUGAAUACGACAGAAGGAAUAUUGUUUCCUACCAAAUCAGGGCUGUUAUUGUACACCUGAGCCGAGGCAGUUCCUCAUAUCUCUGCAGUGCACACCCACUUACAGCCAGAUUGAUCUGUGGCGUGGCUUGUUAAACAGCAACAACAAACAGAUGAGACGCUCUGAUCGUUUUCUUUAAAACACUGAAGCAGUUCCAUUUCACUUUAUCCACCACGACAAAUCCCUCAACAACUCUAAACAAGGUUAUCGCGUGUCUUAUUGUUAUGCUCUAUUUAUUUGAAUUUCACUGAUGUAUUGUGGAAAGGUUUAUGUCAAAUGCUGAAUAUGCUAUGCUCUUAGAUUAUGUUCUGAUGAUAAAAUGGAUUUUAAAAGUGAUGCACACCGAAAUGAUUUGUUUUUGUUUGUUAUUUGCUGUGUCAUGUGUUAUAUUCACCUUAUUCAGUGAACAUUCCAGUGUUGCAUCUUGAUUUAAUAUGAUUAUUAUCAUUCCUACGAAACAGGUUUUGAUGGAAGGAUAACAGCAACAGUCAGUCAUGGAGCUGAAAUCAAAAUCUAUACAGCUGUCUAUUCACAACACUUUUCACACUGUGCUUCAUUCAACAUUGUGUGUGGUCUUCAUCCUGGAAAUGUGUUAUCUGAUAAAAACUGGAAUACUGUUUACUCUUUGAACAUAGAUAUAUUUGAAGACAUCCCGCCCCUGCCCUUCCUCAGCAUCAGAUACUGUCCGCUCUUUUUUAUUUAUUGAAAACAAAAGCCUCAUGUGUGGUUGUACUGUUUUAAUUUCCAUCCAGUUUGGCCUUUGGAAACCACUAUUGACAAUAUCCCUUGAAAUUGACAAAAGAAAUAGUUCAGGCUGAGUAGUAGAAAACUUACUGUCCUUGUUUGAUCACUAGUACGUGAACAAUGCCUAAUGUCUUGUGUAACAAAUAAAAUGAAUUAAACUAUGACUGAAAUGAUAGAAAAAUAAAAAGCACAUGGCAAACCUGGAAA